ACAGCCUAUUGGUUGACUGCUUAAAAGGAAAACAACCUUUCUGUACGGAAGGGUUAAGCUUCUCAUGAAAACUUUUAACAUACUGUUUGGGAGCCAGCCAUGUCCGGUGUGUUUGGUGAUCUAGUUUAAAAUGGAAGGACUUAUAAUAACACUCAUCAUCACCUGUGUCCACAUUGAGGCCCAAAGUUAUCAUGAAUUUGGAGUGAUUGUAACAUGUGCAGACAAUAUAAAUAUAGAGGAUUUUCUCGUCACACUUGAUGAUGAACUGGUGGCACACGUGGACAUGGAGAAAAAGAAGGAUGUUUACACAGUACCUGAUUUCAUUGGCCCUGUUCAGUAUCCCUCACUGUAUCAGGAUGCCUUAAGAACUUUAGCUAUUUGCAAAGAAGAAGGUGAGGUGUUAAAAGGGGUGUAUGUUAAUUCAUCAGAGCAAAUCGAACCUCCCUGGAGUUCAGUUUAUACCAAACAAGAUGCAGUGUUAAACGUUGAAAACACACUGAUCUGCCACGUUACUGCGUUUUUUCCUCCACCCGUCACAAUUACAUGGACCAAAAACAAUUUGAAUGUGACAGACGGUACAACUCUCAGCCGGUAUUAUCCAAACAAAGAUGGGACCAUAAAUGUGUUUUCUAGAUUGAGUUUUAUUCCAGUGGAAGGAGACAUAUACAGCUGCACCGUGGAGCACAAAGCUCUCGAGGAACCUCAAACUAGAAUAUGGGAAGUAGAGAUAAAGGAGUCCAGUUAUGGUCCAUCAGUGUUCUGUGGAGUUGGACUGGGUUUUGGACUGAUAGGAUUGGCUGUUAGAAUUUUCUUUAUUGUCAAAGGAAGCAACUGCAACUCAUACUGACAACAACUACAACUGACAUCUGGUGUUUGAUUCUCAUAUAAAAGAUGACAUU